CGUGUGCUUAUGACGAUCUUCGAUCCCCUUGGUUUGAUCGCUCACUACCUUAUGUAUCUUAAAGUUCUGCUGCAGGAUAUCUGGCGUUCCGGUACCCAAUGGGACGAAGAAAUCAAUGACGAUUCGUACAACAAAUGGAAAAUUUGGUUAGCAGUCCUUCCGCAAGUCGAGCACGUUCAGGUUUCACGUUGCUAUCAACUACGUACACCUCCAGUUGAUAGCGUGGAAUCUUCAUGUUUCAGGAUUGAUCACUCAACUUUAAGCUGUGCCAACCAACCUCGGAACAUCAAUCCAUCAAUCCAAAACGACAAUGGACAAACACGGUCUUCGAAGGAUGCCGUCGAAGUACAACUGCAUACUUUCGUAGAUGCUAGUGAGAAUGGGAUGGCGGCCGCAGUGUACCUCCGUUUCAUGCAUGCUGGAGAAGUUGAAUGCCGCCUCGUAGCAGCCAAAACCAAAGUGGCUCCAUUGAAGUACCACUCUAUCCCUAGGCUGGAGCUUCAGGCGGCUGUAAUUGGUGCUAGGCUUGCUCAAUCAAUCGAAGAGACACUUUCUAUACCAAUCAACAGGCGUAUUUACUGGUCAGACUCCAGAGAUGUGCUGUGCUGGAUACGCUCAGAUCAUCGCAGAUACUCGCAAUUCGUCGCCUGCCGUGUAAGUGAGAUUCUUGAAACUACCGAUGAAAGGGAAUGGCGAUGGAUCCCAACCAAGCUUAACGUUGCAGACGACGGAACUAAGUGGGCGAGACAGCCAGAUCUAACUCCAGAAGCAAGGUGGUUCAAUGGUACCGAGUUUCUGAAAUGCCCAGAAGUCGAUUGGCCACAUUCAACGAUUGUGACUAACGCUACCGAGACCGAGCUCCGUCACCGUUUACUAUUUCACCACAUUGAACCAACACCAAUCAUAAGCGUCGUCGAUUUCUCUAGCUGGAAGCGAUUAGUCCGUGUAGUUGCACUUGUCCAGCGUUUUCUGGCUAACUGCCGCCGCAAACUACAACGCGAGCGAAUCCGCACAGCACCACUUUCCAUGGAAGAACAACGUGGUGCCGAGGAGUAUAUCCUGCGUCUUACUCAGCGUGAAGCGUUUCCCGUAGAAGUGAAUUUACUUAAUGAGUGCCCUCAAAAACCACUUCCCAAAGUGAGCCAACUGUACCAACUGACACCAUGGUUGGAUGACCGCGGCAUAAUGCGGAUGCGAAGUAGGAUUGCUGCUUGCGAUUUCGCUACGGAGGAUGCUAAAAGUCCAAUACUUCUUUCUCGUAAUCACCACAUAACCACUCUUAUUUUGCAACACUACCACAACAAAUACCACCACCAAAAUCAUGAAACCGUGAUCAACGAGAUACGGCAAAAAUUCUACAUUUCCCGAAUCCGUGUCUGCUAUCGAACAAUACGCAGUAACUGUCAACGCUGUAAGAACGAAGCCUCAUUGCCACGGAACCCAAUCAUGGCUGAUCUUCCUGCAGCCAGACUAGCUGCAUUUUCCCGACCCUUUACACACGUGGGCGUAGAUUAUUUUGGCCCAGUAGAAGUCGCCCUUGGAAGACGAGUGGAAAAACGCUGGGUUAUGCUUGCCACCUGCUUGACAGUUCGCGCAAUCCACCUCGAAGUAGUCCACUCACUUACCACUGAUUCGUGCAUCAUUGCCCUUCGAAAUUGCUUUGCGCGGCGUGGUUGUCCCAGGAAAAUUUAUAGUGAUCGGGGUACAAACUUCGUUGGAGCCAGUAAGCAGCUAAAAAAGCUAGUUGAGGAGAUAGAUCAGGAAAUGAUCACAAAGGAGUUUAUAAGCCCCGAUACUGAGUGGGUAUUUAAUCCGCCGUUGGCGCCACAUAUGGGCGGAAGCUGGGAGCGUCUCAUACGCACUGUAAAAAACAAUUUAAUGGCCAUCUGUCCAUCACGAAAGCCGACUGAUGAAGUGCUCCGCAACUUGCUUACAGAAAUCGAAAACACUGUAAACUCUCGUCCUUUGACACAUGUUCCAAUUGAUGACGAUUCCGCACCCGCUCUUACCCCGAACCACUUCUUGCUGGGAACCUCGAAUGGUAUGAAGCCACUUUGUCUGUUGGACGAUAGUGGUGCUGCGCUCCGACAAAAUUGGCGUACAUCUCAGAUUCUCGCGAACCGAUUUUGGAAGAGGUGGCUAUCCGACUACCUGCCAGAAAUUACUAGGAGGACAAAAUGGUUCGCCCAUACGGAACCAAUCGUUGUUGGUGACGUUGUGGUCAUCACUGACAACAAACUACCCCGGAAUUGCUGGCCCAUCGGAAAGAUUAUCCAGACGCAUGCUGGCAAGGAUGGCCAGAUACGAUCGGCUACAGUGCGGACAGCUGUAGGCGUGUACGAGCGACCCACUUCGAAGUUGGCUGUGUUGGACGUUCGGCGCGAGAAGUAGUAAGCCAACCUGGAGGCUGGCGUACCCGGGGGGAGUGUUACCCGACUCUACUCGGCUAGCGCACCUUGAUAUUCCAACACAUUGGUCCUCGCACACUAACUCAGUCAACGACGGAGCUCACCUGGAGGUGACAGGUAACAUCUUGGGUACGACUGUCAAACUGUCAUCGCGGUGAGUAAGCAAAAAGAUUCUAUUCGUCCCAGUGUAGGAAGCCAAUUGCUAAAAGUAUAUUCAUCUAAGUUAAUUACAUUAAAUUAAUUGAAUUUAAAAUUAAUCUAAACUAGUGCCUAAAAGUGCCUUAAAAUCUACCUUAUUUCUACAUAUAAAAACGGUAAGAAUUUAAUCUGAAGUUACUUUAAAAUUACUACUUACAUUACUCUUAAAAUUAGGUUAACAUAAUAGCCAGCUCACUAGCAGAAUUCUCCAUUCGCUCCUUGCUACGAUUCGCUUAUCGACCAAAAACCUGUCAGAAUUCCCUGAUCGUAUUCGAAUAGACGAGAGGCAGAAAAGGACUAAACGUGAGUAAUUUAAAUAUGAAAUUAUAAUGCGCAUACCAUACAAUAUUUAUACUUACACAUAUGAGUUAUAUAUGUAUAUUUAGUUACGGUCUACUUAUCUAAACUUAUAACUAUGCGAAAAUGCGAGAUAAAAUUACAGUAGAACUUAUUGUUUUCUCGAUAGGAAAAUUAUAAUCUCCCGUUACAAAA